AUGUAUACCUCAUCAUCGUCUUCUCCCUUUGACUCCGCUCCCUUCAUUGGCAACUACACUCGUCCCAUCACCUCUUGUCUACCAUGUCGUCGUCGAAAGGUCAAAUGUGAUCGCCGACAACCUAUUUGUUUCACAUGCGAGCGAGGCAAUCAUGCCUGUUCCUAUGUGUCUUCCCUUCAGUCACCCAGACUGGCCUCAGAAUCCAGCCGGGUGACCAAAUCAACCUCUACCAAGGUGUCCUCCACACUGACCAGGAUCAAUCCCAGACUCCAGCGUCUGGCGACCAUUCUGGCCCAAGCACAGGCGCUGCCAUAUGAAGCAUCGGAGCAAAGUCCUGCCUUGUCGGGAUCUUAUCCUACUACUCGAUCCUCACCUCUUCCCAGAGAUGCGGCAACCCCGCUGCGCCAAUCGCAGGAAGAUGUGCUCAUCUUAGAGAAUGGAGUACCUCGCUUCAUCUCGGGCAAACACUGGGCCUGGAUGGCUGAAGAGAUUCAGGAUAUCCAAUCUCUGCUCACCGAGUCGCAAAAGUCCUCGCCGGAACAGCCUCCAGACGAUCAUCUUAUCUGGGGAAGUGAUACCUCACCGUCUAAUGCGUACAGCUUUUAUCCCGAUACUCGAGAAGAUUGCUAUUUACUGCUCAAUGUUUUCCUAGCCAAUGUCGAUCCCAUAGUCCGAAUAGUGCACCGUCCCAGUUUAGCUCGUCGCUUUGAUGGAUUCAUUCGCACCCAUUACUCCCUAGACAAGACUCCAGUUGGCAGCAGUUACAGUAACAAUAUGACAUUCGAUCCUAACAAACUUGAUGCAUUUGAGCCGCUGGCCAUGUCCAUUUUUUAUGCAGCCAUUAAUAGUAUGAAAGAAACCGAUGUUUCUACAGUCUUCAACACAAACAAAUCCCAUCUCCUGCAAAGGUACCGAGCUGGGACAGAAGCAUACCUGAAACAACAUGCGUUUAUGACCUCAAGGAUCUUUGAGGUUUUACAAGCAUUUGUUAUCUUUUUGACAGCUCAAUAUCGGGAAGAUGACAUGGGCAGAGUGUGGCCCUUGACGGGUCUGGCCAUUCGCAUGGCCACUGUUCAAGGCCUCCACCGUGACCCAUUAGCGCUACCACUGGGAACGAUUGACACAGUGCAAGUAGAGCUGCGCCGCCGUUUAUGGGCACAGAUCUGUCACCUAGACUUUCGGGCUGCGGAAGGUCAUGGUUUUGCUCCUUCAAUCCAUGAGUCUGAUUUUGAUACGCGUCUCCCUCGCAAUGUGGAUGAUGUUGAUCUAAUAGAAGGAGUGGCACCCUCUACCCGACUCUCAGAUGCGCCUAAAUUCACGGAUAUGACCAUCUACCUGCUUCGAAUUACAGCCGCCCAAUGUUACGGGCGCAUUAUUCAGAUCACACACGCAUCGCGAAAGAGACUACGGGCCAAUUUCCAGGGAGCUUUGGGAGAAGCUCAAGUUUUGCCUGAACUUCAAACCCUAUUAAAAACUGCCGAGGCCAUGGCAGCUGAGCUGGAGAAGGCACUGGCUAAUCUUGUUCAAUACUGCGACGAGAGGGUCAGCUUGCAAUCAAUGGCCUUGCAUCUCAGUGCUCAUCUAAAAUCCAAAUUUUGGGUCAUAUUUUGGAUCCAGAUUUCCCGCCAGGACCGCGAGAAGAUCAUCAGCCCGGCCAUGCGAAGGAGUAUAUUCAUGGAUGCGGCCACAACCGUAGAGAACUGGUGUACUAUCGCCUCAAGCAAGGACUGUGAGCCAUUCCAAUGGCAUAUUUCUUCUCAUGCCGGCUUCUACCCCAUCCUUUACGUCCUUUCUGAGGUUUGUAGCCCUGUAUUUCAAACCUCGGAGUGGGCCGAUCUUCGACAAAGGGGUCUGCAGGUAGCAAAUGCGAUUUACGAGAUCCGCGGCCAGCAUACAACCGGGGCAUGGCGAGCCAUUAUAUGGCUGAUUGAUCGACUUCGAUCCCACAAUCUCGGUCCCGCCGAGGACAGUCGAACAGCCGGUCUCACCCCAGGGCCAGAGGACAAUCCGAUGCUGAUGCAAUCAGUGCCGGAUAGCAUGGGUUCGGCGGGGAUGGGAUUAGAUACUGGGGAUUUUUUGGGGUUUAUGAACCUAGGGGACUUUGAUUUCCCUGACCUUGCGGGUGUUGACCCGAUGUCGUUUCCCAAUCCUUCGCAGUGGAGCUAA